ACACACACACUCUUCCACCAACGUUCCAGAGAGAGAGUUCCAAAGCUUUUUCAAGUCUAGUUUCUCUAUCUUCAAUUGCUUUCCGUAAGUUACAUUCAUGUUCAGUUUGGAAAAAAUUUGCCUUCUAAAAUAGCAACUUCCAAGAGCUUCAAUGAUUGGUAGUAAAGUUGUCUUAACAUACAAGAGGAAGCGGCUCUCUUCAAGACCUGAUUUAGGGUUUGCAAAUGAGUGCCCUAGUCAUGCUCCUGGAUACCAAACUUUAGAGGUACUGAAAACACCAGUCAAGGAAGAAGAAGAUUUAAAACAUGAAUCUGACAGAAAAGAGUCUGAGUGUGCUGUAUUUGCUGGUGGCAGCAGUAUAGUGCAGUGUGAAUACUGCCAUUGUUUUUAUGAUGUUCGUGGUCAGCUUCCUCCCAAUGAACAUCUCGAGGGAAAACAGCUAUGUUCUAAUUGUGUCGAAAGGCAAGAUCAUCUGUUAUCUCAGCAAGCUCAAGAAUCAAGUAGUAGAAACGAAAAGGCAUUCAUCGUAGAAUUCGAUGAACGACAGGUUGAUCCUCAUACAAUGACGUUGCAAAGUUCUCAUAAAAGCAGCUUACAGAGUUCUAUACAGAAGCCUCUUUCUACUGGUGUAUCUGCUAAGGAUAGGGCUGGUCACCUCCAUACAUCUUCAUGUUCUUAUAAGAAGUCUGGCUGUGAAUUUGACAGUAGAAAGGACAAGGGGAAAUUAUCUUCUGAGAUGGUUAAAACCAAUGUGGAUAGCAACCCAAAGAUUGUUUCACAUUCAUCUUCAUGCUGUGGAUGCAGUUCACAUUAUGUAAGUGUACAGGCCAACAACGAACAUGCUUUGGAAGCAGUUGCUGCACUCAUAAAGGGUAAAUCCAGCAACGCAUGCGAAGACAGAAUAAAAGACAACAAACCAUGCUUCCCAUUGAUAACAUUCAGUCGUAGAUCCAGACACAAAAAAACUGUGGAUGGGACUGGCAUGCAAGACAGGUCAACUGGUCUGGAGAAAUGUGAUUUAGUAGCGGCCAAGGGAAGUAAUCCCACAACAGAUAAUGGUUCUCUUAUGGAUUUUUCAACAGAUUUAACAGGAAAUGAUCCCAAUCCUAUAUGUUGUGCUGCAAGUCAAGAAAAGAAGAUCAGUGAAGAAGUUGAUCUUUGUGAUGUCCAUUCACUUUCUGUUCCUAAACUUGAGAUCAGUGAGACACUAGCUGGUGAAAUGUUGAUCACUAAGAGAUGCAUUUUGGAGGACGCCCCACAUGUAACUGAACCAGCAUCAAGGAAGUCAACAAUGGAUGCAAUAUCUGAUGUUAAAGAUAAACAACCCGAGGCAUCAGCGUGUCAUGUUUCUGCAGCAGAUGAAUCACUGAUCAUAUCAAGCGAUGGUCUAGAAAGUGCCAAAAUUAUCACUGGCGAAGGAGGCUCACUAGCUUCUUUUGAUUUAUCAAAGCCUCCACCUGAAUCAAGCAGUUUGGUGGACUGCAACUUAACAUUGGAAUCAAGCUCUAAUGUACAACCCGACAAUAAUGCAUCAGAAACCCAUCGAGAUUCAACUGACUCUACUAGCAGAAGCCAUUCUGUAGUUUUGCAUGAGUUUCCUUCUUGCGGCAGGGUUCUGGAGUUGCUUGACGAGAGAAUUGGGGAGACCACAUAUUCUCAGGUGCAUUGUGUUCCUCUGAAACUCUCUAGCAGCAGCCACAUUGGGGGUGUUGACUUACCUUCGGUUUCCAUAAGUCAAAGUCAAACUUCAAAAAAGAACUUCUUGCAGCUUUUUCCAGAAGACACAGAGAACGAUAUGUUGCCUCUAAAAAACCCGUUUAACCCGUUGCAAGAAUCAUCUUUGAUGAAUCGUGAAGAUAGACCAUCAAACGGGAGACAUCUGCACUUUCGCAGCUCGGCUAGUUCUACACCUUCUUUCGGUUUGUCUCUGACAACCGAAGCUAGAAACAGUGCCAGUACCUCUUUAUCUCCUUGGCCCAACUUUGACACCAAAAUCGGAGAAUCAAUUCAAGAUGUGACCGCGGCCCAGUACCCGUCUGACUCAGUAUCCCUAAUGAGACACAAGUUGAUUCUUGACAACAUUAUAAGUAAAGCAAGGGCUGUUAGCUGUAAGCGAAGUAGUUUUUCCAACAAUUUUGAGCCUCCAAGCAUGUGGUCCGAGGAAGAACUCGACUUUCUUUGGAUUGGUGUGAGGAGACACAGAAUCGGCAAUUGGGAGGCCAUGCUAAGGGAUCACCGGCUGCACUUUGCAUCCUGGCGGUCCCCACAGGAGUUGGCUGAGCGGUGGGAGGAAGAACAGUUGAAGCUUUUAAGUCCCAAACCCUCUUCUCAAACAAAGAGAUUUCGACCCACACUUCCCAAGAAUUACAGCCCUAUUCUUGUUGAAGAACCGCAACUCUCCCUUGGACCAUCCAACUUCCAGAACAAUGGGAUCGAUCAGAAACAGAGUUCGCUUAAUCUAAACUAUUAUGAAAAAAGAGGAAGGUCAACCUUGGAGUCGUUGUUGGUCAACGGUCCUACUGGGCCCAGUCGGGGGAGUUUACCCCAUUGGCUUCAAGAAGCGGUUAGCUUCCCAUCCUCAGGACCUUUCGAGCAGGCUGCCAUGCCUUCGGCUGUUUCAUACACAGGUCAUUCAGGAAUGAUGCAGUGGAUUAACCAACCCUUUUCCGGCUCCAAUAGAACCAUGGGAAUUGUGAAUUUACGGCCAUCUGUUGCAACCCAUUCCCAUGACCCUCUAUUGGCUCGAAGGAAGGGUACACCGGAACUCAGUGGACCCCACGAGUACCGUCCUCUUAGUAAACCAGAGGACGUGAUCGUUAUCAACAGCGAUGCAUCUUCGGAGGAAACUAUAUCGGAUGAUCAUAGUGUUAGGCAUUAGGUGCAGCAGGGAUUGAGGAAUUGGUAGGUAUGUAAUGAUUUGUGUACAGGUAAAAUGUUGUGUAAGGUUUGUUGGUAUGGACAUGGAAUUGGUAACUUAUGGAGUCUUUUUUGAACCAACUGGCAAUGAGAAUUCAAGA